GUUCUGUGCCCGAAGGUCGCUGCGGACAUUUGUGAAACAGUAGAACAAUGUCUGGAAACUUGAAAAUUAUAAGUGUGACGAUAGCCAAUGUAGCUGUUGCAAUGUUGGUCUUUGUGGUUUUAAUGUGGUCCCCUUCAAACUGUGAGCUGUAUCAUAAUGAUUACAGCAGAGACUGUUCAAGAAAUUCUAGUGCUGAAUGUUCCAACCAGUUGAACCAGGAGGACAAAGAAACAUUUAAUAAAGCAAGGGGAUAUGAAGCCUAUGGCAACAGUGUAACGUGUCGUAAGGGCUGGUGCUUAACUCAUCAGCAGUGCCAGCAUGUUAGUGGAUACUACUGGGGACUCUGUACCUUUCCAGACUCAACAAGUGGUGUCUGUUGCCACAUUGCACACAAGAAGGCACCAAAGGAAAGUUGCAACUUAAUCUCAAGUGAACCUCAGGUUCUGUUUGAAAGCCCAGGCUUUCCUGGUCCAGUAGGACAACCUGUAGUUUGCAGUUUGGCAUUAGUGACAUCUCCUGGAGACUGCGGUGUUCGGUUAGACUUCGUACGUGCAAAUCUUACACCUGCAAUGGAUGUAGUGUGUCAUCAAGACAUCGUCAUGCUGAUUUCAUCUCCGUCAACAGUACAAAGUGCACCUUUUUGUGGCAUGAUUGAAGGUUACUCUACUGUACUUGAGAUAGCUGGAGGAUCUACUGUGACUCUUGUUGUCCUGACACAAAAUCCAUCAUCUUUUUGGAAGUUCCACAUUGGCACCAUCAGCUGUCAACAUAACAUAACCCCACCAGGGAAUAUUGAAAGAGUUCCUGUUCCUAAAUCUAUAGGAGUGAAUACUCAAUCUAGCAUCGUGUUUACCCCAAUUGAUUUUGGUGUGAAAUAUGCAUAG